AAGUAGCACAUGUUUACCCGUUUGUAAACAAAUCUAUCGUAAAGUUAUGAAAAAUGCUGUCGAUUUUAGUCCAUGCACAGUCUUUACGUUGGGUAUUUCCUGCAACUGCCUUGCUGAGCGCUGCCCCUAUACACAUUACAGUAUGGACAGCUGCUCGAUUACUUACUCUUCCCCUGCCCAGGUGCGUGUACAGAGCCCUAGAUGACCUUCUCUAUGCGACCUACCAAAGAUAUGUUCUGUUUUUCAUGCACUGUUACACUGGCGCAGAGAUAUACACAUAUGGUGAUACAGAAACUAUUGCUGAUCAAAAAGAAAAUGCAAUCUUUAUCUGCAAUCACCAGUCAACAAUGGAUUGGAUAGUUGCCAAUAUAGUUGCAUUACAACAUGGGUCACUGGGACAUGUUAGAUAUGUUAUAAAAGAUGGGUUAAAAUAUUUCCCACUCUAUGGUUUUUACUUCAAACAGCAUGAUUGCAUAUAUGUUAGAAGGGGAAAUUUUAGUAAAGAAUGUAUGGAAAAACAAGUGAGGAGACUUGCAAAAAGAAAUGAACCAGUUUGGAUGGUGAUAUUCCCAGAAGGAACAAGAUUCAAUCCCACUAAUAAGGAUCUUUUACAGAAAGCAAGAACAUUAACAGAAAAGAAAGGCAUCACCCCAAUGGAUCAUGUACUACCUCCCAAAUUAGGAGCUUUGCAAGUAUGUCUGGAAAACAUGAGAGAACAUGUUACAUGUAUUUAUGAUGUAACUAUUGCCUUCGGUAAAACAGUGAACAGUUCUGGGCAAAGAGUUGAAGCUCCUGGAAUGCCAGAAUUCCUAAUGCAAACCUCACCUGAGAUUCACCUGAACGUAGAGAAAAUUAAGGUGUCAGACGUCCCGAGUGAUACAGAGAAACUACAGACCUGGUUAGAUAAUCAGUACCAGAAGAAAGACAGAUUGCUUUCCCAUUUUUAUUCUGUGGACAAAGACAAAGCUGGCAGAUUUCCAGGACAGGCUAAUCGUCUACAGAUCACUCUUGCCCAGACUUUGCCGGUAGCCAUCUUUUAUAAUGGUUGCCUAUGCCUGAUGUUUUCACAUUCUGUCACACGAUCCAUGUAUUGGAAAGUUUCACUGUUUGGAACACUACUGGGUUGUAUAUGGAUGUCAGUCAGGUCCCAGGCAUAGGUCCUUAUGUUGCCAUAUCAAAUAUUAAAUUUGUAAAGCUACAUAAGAUUUUUUUUUAAUUCAU